CGAGUCCACAUAAAUAUACGACGUGGAGAAUAUCUGAUAUUUUGUAGACAAAGAGAAAGCGGAAGUGAUCGCGGGAUGUCUAUCUUGACUCUCCGUAACCACGGUAACGGUGCUAGCUUUGUGCGCUACAGGGAUGCUAGCUAGCUGUGUUCAAAGUUAACAAGCAGUUGCCUUUCUAUCAAUUAUUUCUUUACACUUUAAUUACAGUUAACGCUAGAUAAGAUAGUCACUGUUAAUUAUUCUUAAUUUAGCCAAAGAAGACACAUUUAUUAAGAUGUUUACAGACGAAGCGCUAGAUUCAGUGGAAAUUGAGUCUCUUUGGAGGAAAUCUCAACAGGCUGCACAGGAGUCGAGAGGAUGUCAAACCAGAGCGGUCCACAGCACUGAGGCAGAGGUCCAGACUGUGUCGACCUCUAGCAGCUGGACUCAGACAGAAGAGCCACAACAUCAGGACACAGAGCAGCUCCUCCAGCAAAACCAGGAUGACCCGGAUCCACCCGGCCUGAAGGACUUCCUGCAGCGGGUCGAGGACUCGGUCAUCAGAGAGUUGGUCAGAAACGCUCGGAGUCACGCCUUCGAUGGGUUUCAGGUCAACUGGGAGGAGCACAAUAAUCGUGUUUCUUGCCUCCAUUGUCUUCAACAUCCCGGCGCUCAGGAGAGAGGUCUGCAUGUAACCAGUGUGUCCUGGAGCUGCACAGGCUCAGUUAUUGCCUGCGCCUACGGUCGGAUUGAUGAAGGAGACUGGAGCACUGAGAAGUCCUACGUUUGCACCUGGAACCUGAACCGUCAGAGUCUGAACCCCAAACAAGCAGAUCUGGUUAUAGAUGUUCCAACGACAGUCACCGCUCUGUGCUGUCACCCCAACCAGCCCGCACUCAUCGCAGGGGGUCUGUACACUGGGGAGGUGGUGGUCUGGGACACCAGUCAGACUCAGGACCCCGUGCUGGUCCAAACUGGGAUGUCAGCAGACAGCCACAGAGAGCCGGUGUAUCAGGUUUCCUGGGUGCCCCUGCAGAAGAAAGGAGAGUUCGGCGUGCUGAGUGCGAGCUCCAGAGGUCAGGUUCUGCUGUGGACGGUGGACUCGGAUCAGAACGCAUUCGUCCUGAACGCUGCGUACGCGUUCGUGAGACAGCAGGUUCCUCACAGCAGCAGCUUCAAGGUGCGGGGCAGCAGCACCGUGGGCGUCACCUCUCUGGCUCUCUCUCCCUGGGACUCUGACACCUUCCUGGUCGGUUCUGAGGGCGGCCUCCUGCUCCGCUGCUCCUUCUCCGCUCAGACUCCGGCCGCUGUUCCUUCUGAAGGUCAGAGUGUGACUCCCAGAGCCCCCGCGGUGUUCUCCUUCAGGCCCCGCAGAGGGCCGGUCCACUCCAUCCACUGCUCCCCUUUCCACAGGAACCUGUUUGUGAGCACGGGGACGGACGGCCUGGCUCACCUGCACUCUCUGCUGCAGGUCGACCCGCUGCUCUCUCUCCGGGUCUCAGACUCGUACGUGUUCCAGGUGCAGUGGUCUCCAACCCGACCGCUGGUGUUUGCUGCAGCCACGGGGCAAGGUGAGGUGCAGAUAUUCGACCUGGGCCGCAGGUCUCUGAGGCCGGCCGCCACCAUCGAGGAGGGGGGAGCGGGACACGCGGCGACCUGUUUGUCCUUCAACCAUCAGAACCCUCGCCAGCUGGCGGUGGGGAAAACAAACGGGACAGUCGCUGUCUGGCAGCUGAGCACGGAGCUGACGGAGCAGAACCCCAGAGAGAGCAGCCAGCUGGAGCAGAUAGCCAAUCAGGUGGCAGAAUGAGACGUGUGAAGACUGAUGUGUGGAGGUGAAAUAAAAACAAGAGAGCUUUGAUUUCCAGUUCUAACCAGUAGCGUUUAUUAAAGCACACUCAGUUGUUCGGGUGUUGUUACGACAUUAUUGUUAAUACGAGGUUCUUCAAUUCAUGGAAAGCACGAGCUAAUCCAGCUAAAAACAAUCACAUUCAAAUGCAGACAGAUCCACUAUGCUAUGAUGAGAAGCACACAGAGUUAGGGCGGAGCGAGAUAAAUAGUACAGAGUUGUUAUUAGUGAGUAGUGCCACGAUCAUGCAGUUUCAGCCGUGUGUUCGUGUCCAAGUGUGUGAGGGAAAACGCGUCCCGAUUGGUCACUGGGGGGCGGGGAUCAGUUGACAAACAGCGAGCGGGUGAACUCCACAAAGUCGAAGGCCGUCGGCAGCUCGCGGCCCUUGCUGUCGAGGUACGGCUUCAUGUGCGACAGGCAGUAGUCCGCCUGUUCCUUGCUCAGGUUCUGGAAGACAGAAGGGGGACAGUUAGACCUGCAUGAAGACCCGACACACAAUCUGGGAGCAGAGAGCGAGCGGGGAACCCGUCUGACCUGGUAGAGCUCUUCUUUAGUGACGUAGGGUUUGUUCUCUGUGCUCAGAGCUCUGAAGGCGCUCUCGAUCUCCUCGCUCGACUUCACGUUCUCCGUCUCCCGGCUGAUCAUGAACGCCAUGUACUCCUGCAGCGACACGUUUCCAUCCCUGCACGCACACACAAACCCAUGAUCCCUCCCCGUUAAGACACAAAUCAAACAGUCGCACUGGAUAACGUCUGCAUCGAUACUGGACCUGUGACGUACCUGUUGGGAUCCACCGUGUCGAGUAUGGCUUCAAACUCAGGAUCUGGUUCUCCUUCCUCCACCAUGGGCAGGUCGUAACCCAGCGAGCGUAAACACGACUUGAACUCCUGGUGGUUCAGACGGCCCGACUUCUCUUUGUCAAAGUGCCUGAACAUCAACAGGAGAUGAGGAUAGACUUUAUUUUUGAGUCACCAAAUACAACACCCGCAGGAUUCCCUCCUGACAAACCGGGCCUUGACUUUUUUUCUGUAAAGAUCUUCUGACCACUCAGAGCUGGGAUUUCACACGGCCUUAUUUCAUACAAAGUGGUGCCUUUAGAAUUUCUCAACUUCAGCAAAUAAUGUGCAUGAUGCUGUGUCGGCCUAUCAGUGCAGAGCUAAUCCUGAUGUCACACCAACAAUGUUCAAGCCAAACUCUACCUACCAAAAAGUAUUUGUAAAUAUGUCUCACCCUGCAGGCCAACCUGGCAGGAAGUGAAUUCAGACUUUUAAAAAUCUGCAUUAAAGAUGUAGCUUCUGUAG